GGAGAGGGCAGCAAGGCAACACGCAGUCACUUCGCAACUAUUAAGCUAGGUUAGGUGUCCAUUCGCUCCAUACCAUCAUCACCACCCCGAACCAUCAGCAAGUCGUCUCUGUCAUUCCUCCUCCCCUCCUCUCACCAGCAUAGCAUCUGGCCAAUCCUCCGUCAUCAACGCAACGCCCCGCUCGCAUGUCAAACUCGGCCGACACCAAAGACAGCGCUCCCCUCUCUUCCCCGCCGGUCGACGAGACGGCCUUCCUGCCCCUCGCCGCCAACGACGGCGGCAAGAGCACCACCAACGCCUCCGCCAAGAAGAUGGAUGGCGCUGGUCGCGGCAGUGAUGAUGCCGCUGCGGCUGCCUUCGGGACCAACAGUGUGACCUCUUAUGACAAGCACGCAGCUGAAGUCCUUGACGAGGCCGCCGUGGAAGCCGCUGGUCAAGAAUCGGGCACGUCGCUGUACAUCUGGACCCUCACGGCCAUCUCUGCCGUUUCUGGCGCCCUGUUCGGCUACGAUACCGGCGCGAUCAACUCGGUGCUGGUGCAGGUGGGGACGGACAUUGAUGGGAGGCCGAUGACAGAUGGCGAAAAGGAGCUGAUCACUUCCGGAUUGGCCGUGGGCGCCAUCGUCGGGUCCAUCCUCAUCGGCUACUUGUCUGACCGUCUGGGUCGCAAACGCUCCCUCGUCUUCUGCGAUGCCCUCUUCAUCGCAGGCGCGGUAGUCCAGGCCGCAAUCUCCUCAAAGUGGCCCUUCAUCGUCGGCCGUUUCAUCAUGGGAAUUGGCGUAGGCGCGGCCAGUCAGCUCGCUCCCGUCUUCAUCUCCGAGAUCUCACCGGUCAACGUCCGCGGCCGUCUCGUCACGCUUAACGUCGUAGCAAUCACGUUCGGGCAGGUCCUCGCCACAGCCAUCGGGGCCGGGUUCGCAAACGUGGCUGCGGGUUGGCGUUGGACCAUCGCGAUUGGGGCGAUUGCACCCUUGAUCCAGGGUGUAGUCAUCGAGGUCUUCUUCCCCGAGUCGCCGCGCCAUCUCAUCAAGACGGGCAAGGCGGAUGCGGCUGCGAAGGUGCUGGCUAAGAUGUAUCCCCGAGCUUCGGAGGACCAGUUGCAGGCCAAGGUCGACGUGCUUCAGCGCCGUAUCGCGUCUGACACAAAGACCGCCUGGACCAAGUACAAGGAUCUGGUCACGGUGGGGCAGCUCAGUCGUGCGAGCAUCUUGGCCGCGCUACUCCAGGUUGCGCAGCAGCUCAGUGGCUUCAACGCCCUCAUGUACUACUCGGCGACCAUCUUCUCCCUCGCCGGCCUCAAGAACUCCACGGCUACCUCCCUCGUGGUCUCCGGGGUCAACUUCGUCGUGACGUGCAUCGCCGUCCUCUUCCUCGACCGUUUCGGGCGUCGCAACUUCCUCAAGGUCACGAUUCCCAUCAUGAUCUUCGGUCUGCUCUUCAGCACCGUCGUCUUCUACUACAUGACUGCGCCUACAGAUCACUACCUGCGCGACGGCUUCGAGUAUGACAAGAAGUUGAGCUCGGUCAUGAUCUUCUCGAUGGUUAUCUUCGUGGCAGGUUACGCCGGUGGGCUUGGCCACGUCCCCUGGAGUGCGGGCGACUUCUUCGACCAGGAUCAUCGUGGCGUGGGCGCCUCAGUGGGCGCUUUUGCUAACUGGAGCAUGAACUUGGUCGUCUCGUCGACCUUCCUGCUGCUCCUCAAGUCGAUCACCCCUGCAGGAACCUUUGGUUUCUAUGCGGGUCUCUCGACGCUGCUCGCCGCCAUCAUCUACUUUACGUACCCAGAGACGCUCGGUUUGCCCCUGGAGCAGGCGUGCAGCACCGUCGAUGGCGGCUUCCACGUCAAGAGGAGUGAGAUGCUGAGGAAGCAGAAUGUGAGGAUGCUGAGGGAGCGCAAGCUCGGUGGUGGAGCGGGGGCGUCUGCGUAGGCCCCGAGAGAGACAGUGUGUGAGACAGGAGCGGUAGGACGAGAUGGGCGUUGGCAGGCAUGUAGUCGGCCGGCCUCGCGAGCAUAGAGCCACAGACGCUCUGCAAUCAGCAAGCACCAAAAGCGAAGCUGCAGCUGUAGUCGCUGCACUUCGAUAUUACCAACCAAUGUUGUAAUUCUAAUAUCCUAAUCACCGCCGU